AUGGCUUUAACUGAUGUAAAUCCGUAUCCAGAUUUACACUGUAUGUGGCCAAGCGAAAAAGUUCGACCGUUCAGUUUAUACGGAUGUCAACAGAAAUGUUUUUCUUCUUCACAGUCAUCAAAUCUCAAAGAAGUUUUGGACGAAUUAGUACCACAGGAACAAAAACGCGUCAGCGAGUUUAAAAAACAGUACAGCGAUACAGUUAUUGGGAAUGUCACUGUUGACAUGAUCUAUGGUGGUAUGCGUGGGAUUAAAGGAAUGGUUUAUGAAACAUCUGUACUUGAUGCGCAAGAAGGUAUUCGAUUUCGCGGUAAAACAAUCGAAGAUUGUCAAAAAGAAUUACCAAAAGCAAAAGGCGGUGAGCAACCGCUUCCCGAGGGGCUCUUUUGGCUUUUGGUAACUUCCAAAGUGCCAACACAACAACAAGUGGAUUGGGUGACAAAAGAGUGGAACAAUCGUGCACAUAUCCCUCAACAUGUUGUGACAAUGUUGAAUAAUUUUCCUAAUCAGUUACAUCCAAUGUCUCAAUUUAGUGCAGCUAUCACGGUGUUAAACUUAGAAAGUAAAUUUGCAAAAGCUUAUGCAGAUAAUGUGCAUAAAUCAAAAUACUGGGAGUAUAUUUACGAAGAUGCUAUGGAUUUAAUUGCCAAAUUACCGACAGUAGCCGCUAUUAUUUAUCGUAAUUUAUAUCGUGAUGGUACAGCUGUUGGUGCCAUCGAUUCAAAAAAAGAUUGGUCAUGGAAUUUUUCAUCGAUGCUUGGCUAUGAUAAUAAACAAUUCAUAGAACUUUUACGUCUUUAUUUGACUAUUCAUAGUGAUCAUGAAGGAGGAAAUGUUAGUGCUCAUGCCUCACAUUUGGUUGGUAGUGCACUUUCUGACCCAUAUCUAUCGUUCGCCGCAGCCAUGAAUGGCUUAGCAGGACCAUUACACGGUCUAGCAAAUCAGGAAGUUCUUAUCUGGAUCACGAAAUUAAUCGAAAAAAUUGGUGAGAAUCCAACUGACGACCAAGUUAAACAAUAUAUUUUAGAUACACUGAAAGCAGGCGUUGUUGUACCCGGUUUUGGUCAUGCUGUAUUACGUAAAACUGAUCCACGUUAUACAUGUCAAAGAGAUUUUGCAUUAAAACAUCUUCCAAAUGAUAACAUGUUCAAAAUUGUCUCACAGUUAUAUAAAAUUGUACCGCCUAUUUUGUUAGAAGGCGGAAAAGUGAAAAAUCCAUGGCCAAAUGUUGAUGCACACAGUGGAGUACUGCUACAGCAUCAUGGUAUGAAAGAAAUGAAUUAUUACACUGUCUUAUUUGGUGUCUCUCGUGCCUUGGGUGUUCUUGCGCAAAUGAUUUGGAGUCGUGCACUUGGUUUUCCAUUAGAACGUCCAAAAUCGAUGUCGACUGAUGGGCUUAUGCAACUCGUUAAAAAACAACCUACUCAACAAACACAAGAAAAAGCAAAAGCUGCUUAA